AUGACGUUCCAAAGCAAAAAGUUUCCCUCGACGGCGAACACCAACACCUUCGCCGCCAAAUACCGUGCAAUGAUGAAGAAGCACCCCUUCCUUCUCUUUGGUCUUCCCUUCAUGUCGGUUAUUGUUGCCGGCUCCUUCAUCCUUACCCCUGCCGCCGCAAUUCGCUACGAGAAGUACGACCGGAAGGUCCGACAGGUGUCGCGUGAAGAGGAGUUGGGUCUGGGUCAGAGGAAGCGCAGGGUGGACAUUCGGGAGGAGUACUACAGACUGGCGGCGAAGGAUCUCGACAACUGGGAACAAAAGCGUGUCGAACGCCUGAAGGGAGAGUCCGAUGGUCUGCUUUGA